AUGACACCCUCGCAAGAGGCAGUAAGUACUAUUAAUAAUUUAAGUAUGUCUCCAAAAAUUUCUUCAACGGAACAACAGAAUGCGAAUGAAAUUCUAAUUUAUUGUCAGAAUUUCAAUCGCAUGAAAAGCCCAGGCAAAAUGAAGGAAAUUUCUUUAAACAUUCUCUCACAUUCUUUCGACAUUAUUCUUGGAACUGAAACUAACUGGGAAGAAAGCGUCCACCCUGAAGAAAUUUUUGGAAACAAUUAUUUUGUAUUCCUAGGCAAUAGAAAUUUAAAUCUCAGUCAGAAAAAGUCAGGAGGCGGCGUCCUCUUAGCCAUAAAUGCCAGACUUAAUCCAAAAGAAAUUGUAACUGAAAAACAUUUUCAAUUUGAACAAGUCUGGGCCAAAGCCACUAUUGCAGGCCAAGUACACAUUUUUGCAUCAGUAUACUUUCCGCCGGACCAUGCAAAUAAACAGUCGUAUGAACUAUUCUUUAAAACAGUAGAAAUCAUAACAUCAAAAAUGGAACCGGAAGUAAAACUUCACAUUUAUGGCGACUUUAAUCAAAGCAAAGUCGAAUUUAUAUCUGACCAAGAAAAUGAAGCAAUUCUUCUCCCAGUCAUUGGGGAAAAUGAAACUUUGCAUUUUCUCUUUGACAAUAUUGCAAAUUAUGGACUUUUCCAAAUCAAUCAUGUAAAAAACCAAAGAAAUUCAUUUUUAGACCUUUUAUUCACUAACUGUAUUGAAGACUUUCAUGUACAAGAAUCUGUAACCCCCCUUUGGAAGAAUGAAGUCUUCCAUACAGCAAUUGAAUAUUCUAUUUAUGUCCAUAAAAACACUUUGCCCAUUGACUGGGAAUAUGAAGAAGUCCUGGAAUACAAUAAAACAAACUUUGUAGAAGCCAAACGUAAACUACUUGCAAUUGACUGGCAAAAUUUAUUUAAUAAUGAAGGAAAUGUCGACGAAUUAGUAGGAAAAUUCUAUACGGAAAUUAACACUAUAACAUCUGAAACCGUACCUACUAGAAGAAGACGACGUAAUAACACAGGCAAUAAAUACCCAGUGUGGUUCACUCCACAACUAAGAAAUUUAAAAAAUAGAAAACAAAAAGCCUACAAACUAUAGAGAAACAAUACAAAU